AUGCAUCUCAAUAAACAACUUUUUACAAGAAUUUACUUAGAGAAGAAUAACCAGAAAAUAACUAAACUCUUAACGAUGGUAUAUUAUUUUUAACAGAUAACAUUACCUUUAUAGAACUUUUCUUAUUUAAUUAAAAAGAAUAUCGUUUAGUCUCUUUUUCUGAUAAAUAAGCAUCAGAAUCUAUAAAUGAAAACAUAAAUCAAAUUCUAGAAGUCAACAUCAAGCCUACUUUCUUGUAAAUAGCCGAAGUAAACAUAUUAAUAAGCAUAUACUUAUAAACUUUUAUUUAAAACUAAAUGUUUUUUUUAAUUAAAUUUUUCAAAAUAGGAUAGGACUAUGAGAAAGCUUAUUGAAAUAAAUGAAAUCUUUUUUUCUAUUUUUGAGGCCAUGCCUAUGGCAGUGUUAUAAUUUAUCAAUAAUUACAUGCUAAAUUAAUGGACAAAAAGUGAUGGAAGCUUAAACUGGUUUAUUAUACUCUCAUUUGUUUCUAGUGCUGGCAGUGUUUUAUAUAAUAUUUUUAUAUUAUCUCAUUGGAUGUUUGAUAGUGAGAUAAAAUCUUUCUUUGAUCUGCUUACUUGUAUGAUGGAUUCCUAAAAAGGUAGAAAGGAAGAAAAAGUAAAAAAAGUGUUUUCUUUUUUUGAUAUCCCUUAAAAAGUACUUAUAACCAGUCAAUCUUAGCUAUAAAAAAUGGCACUACUUAAACCUGAUAGAUUUUCUCGAAUAAAACAAUUGCACAUCCAUCUACCAAAAAAUAAAAAUUCGUUUGAUAUUCUUCUAAUUGAUAUGCACACAAUUCUUCAAAAUUUAAUUAAUCAAAAAAUUAAACUAGCAUGUUUUAGUCUUAAUUUAAGUGAGUGUAAUAUGACAAGUGAAUAAAGGUAUGAAUUAACUUAGUAGGUUAGAAAGAUAAAAGCAGAAUCUAAGUAUUUGAAUUUGAGAUAAACAACUGGCGAAGCUUAGUGCAAUUUAUGCGAUAGUAUUGUUGAAAGAGCAUUAAACAUGAGUAUAAAUUCAAAUUUCUUUUAUUUUGCUGAAGAUUUCACAUUAUACAGAGUGUGCAAAUUAUAGAAAAUGAAUGAGAUUGAUAAUUUUUUAAAUUUACACAAAAUAAAAAUGUUAAAACUUGAAGAAGCCAUUUUCAAAAGUAAAUUUUAUGUAAACAUUUAAGAAGAGCAGUAAUAUUCUCCUUAAUGCUUAAAUGAUUUACUUGCAGAAAAAGAGGAAAGUAUUGUUUAAAUAUAGAUCAAGCUUUCUGGGUCUACUCAAAACUACAAUUUUAUAGAUGGAUAUACUUUAAAAUUUCCUCUUUAUUUAGAUUAAUUUUUUUAUUUGUAGGUAAAUUCUCCUGAUCAAAUAAAUUUUUCUUCGCUUACUAAUAUUUUGCUAAAUAACUUGAAACAAAAUAGCUAUUCAAAUGGUGUCAUAGUAAACGCUAAUUUUUAAUUCAACUAAUCAGCUUCAUUAGUAGAUAUUUUAAAGUAUUUUAUGUCUCUUUACAAGUUUGAGUAAAAGUGUGAGGAUCAAAAUUAUUUAGUUGAAGAUGAAAUUUUUUCAAAAAACUUAAUUGACUAUGAGGAUUAAGAAUUAAUUAGUCCUAAUUAGUAAGAAAAUGAUAUGGUUAUAAUAGAGUGUAAUUAAAGUAUUUACAACUAAACUCAACCUCCAAAAGUAAGUGUUUUAUAGAGUAUGAUGGUAAAAGAAGAUGCAAUUAAUCAAAUGGGAGUAAGUAACUUAAACAACUAAAUUCUUUUUCAAAUCAUUAAGAUUGAUGAUUGUAUUCUGAUUGGCUGCUCUAAAGCUCUGUUUAACUAAGAAGAUUUUUUAAGUUAUUUGAUUAGUGAAGAGGGUAAUUACAGUUGUUUAUUUCUAUUUUUAGAUUUUGAGAUACCGCAGGAGUUUUUGUUGAAAUUAUAAGCACAGUUGUAGGAAUAUUUUAGGUAAAUGAAUAAUUUAAGACACCUACAUUUGAUAAUUGGAGAAAGUGGAUCCUUUUAUAUCGAUCUUUAGCUGCAUUUUACAUUUAUUGAAAAUGUGAUGAUAUAUUAAAACGAAUUAUUCUAAUUUAAAUUUACAGAUCAUAAGACUGAAAAGGAUUCUUUAUAAAGUACAAAAUAAGUAAAUAUUUAUACUUAUGCUGAUUUAGUUUCUGAUGAUAUUGAUAAACAUAUUAACUCAAUAUGCAAUAACGAGUAUGCCUAACAAGUGCUAAUUAAUGCAAAAAAAGGAUUAAAUGCAAAUAAAAACUUGAUUUAAAAGGAUUUGGAAAAUAUUUUAUCAUAAAAUAAUCUUGAUUAUGAAGAAUAAGUUGAUAAUAAAUUUUAGACACGUUCCUUUUCCUUUAAUUCUGUAUAAGUUUGCCUUCCUUUAGAAUUACCUCCUCUUAGUGCAAAACUUCUUCCACAAGCAUUAAAGUAAAUGAAUAUGAUUUAAAAGAUAAGUAUUUACGAUAAUAUUGGUAUAGACAUUUAAGAUUUUAUAUAAUAAAAUAGCUAGAGUUUAUAAUAUUUAAAAGUUCUAAACUCUAAAAUAGAAAGAUGCAAUUGUGGAUUAAAACACUAAAGCAAAACUUAAUAAGAAUAGAAAAAUCUAUGUGGUAGUUCUUAGAAAAUGAUGACUAUCAGCAGAAUUAUUUACAGGAUUAAUACAAUUUAAAUAAUUGACAUCGAAAUGUUAAAAGUAUUAAAAUAUUUAAACAUAACACAGUCUUAAAUGUAUUUAUCUUCAGAUUACUAACAUUUUGUAAACUCUUUGUAGUCUUUAAGCAGUAAAUUAUAAGUAGUUAAACUAGGAUUUCAAAGCUGCAAUAUAUGGUUUAAUAGCAGUAUCACAGACUUUUUAUGUAAUAGUUUUAUCUUGUAAACAUUUUAGAUAAAUGCUGUUAGCAGUUAUAAGCUAAUCGGAUUAGACUGCAUUUUGAAAGGGUUGUCAUUUAAUUUCUUAAUUUCUAAUAUAGGAAUAAAAAUUAAUAGCAACUAAAUUACUUAGAAAGACAUGGAUUUAAUAGAUGAACUUCUAUAAAAAAGAAAAGCAAAGGGCAGUCUAAAAUCAUUUAAAUUCUCUUUGAAGAAAUCAAUAAAAACUUCAUCUAAUAAUUCGCUAAAUAAUAAAUAAUAUUUAGAUUUUUACAAUAAAAUGAUGUGCAAUUUGAUGCAAAUAAUUGGUAUUAACAAAAUAAGUCUUUCUUUUAAAAAUUUCAAUGCAAAUAUCAAUUAAGUAGAUCUACCUUACUUAAGCCCUUUACUCUUCUAAAAAAAUUAUAAAACGAUGAAAAUAAAUAUAAAUGGAAAUACAAAUUAAUACAUAUUAAGCUAGUAAAUUUUACAACAAUUUUAAUAGGAAGCAAAAAAAGAUCAGCAAGAAUUCAAUUGCUUAAGUUUUAAAUCAGAUUAUAUUGGAAAGUAAAUAGCAAGAAAUAACAUAUUUGAAGCUGUGUUUAAUUUAGAUACAAAAAAGAAAAUAUUAACUAUACCUUAUGACAUAUUGGAUAAUAAACAGCAGAAUACUUUAAUAAAAGGAUAAUAUAUCUUCCUAAAAAUAGAAUCUGAUUUAAAUUUAGACUUGAUUUCAAUGAUAAGCUUUGAAAAUAGUUUAAGCUAACUCAUUUUGGAUUUCUCUUAAAAUAUUUAUUUAUUAUUUGAAGAUAUUUUAAAUUUAAUGAAUAAACUUGUUAAAGAAAAUUAAAAUAUUAAGUACCUAUGCAUAAAAAAACCUAAUUAGCUUCUUUCUUCUAGCUAAAUUUAUUAAAUUAAAUAAUUAUUUAAAAGUUUCUAACAUUUCCAGCCUAAAAAAUUUUUAUUAAAUUGA